AUGGACACUGCGACGGUGAUUGCUGCCGCACAGGGCAGCUUGUUCAGGAGGGACCCGCGCACCGCCAGCUGGUAUCUGGUCGGCAACGUUCCGUUCCUGUUCUUCCUCUUGCUCAGCUAUGUUUACGUCGUAAAAAUAGGUGGACCGCGUUUUAUGAAGGGGCGAAAGCCCUACGAAAGCAUCAAGCCUGUUAUCGUGAUCUACAACGGCGUCAUGGUGCUCCUGAACUGCUACUUCGUGGUGGCCUUUCUGUCCAAGACCUACUUGGGCGGUGGUUACAGCUUGUUCUGUCAAGGCAUAGACUUUGAAGCGCGCGACGAUGAGACUAUGAGUCUGCUGACCCACUGCUGGAUGUACUUUUGGAUCAGAGUAGUCGAUUUUUUGGAUACUGUGUUUUUCGUGUUGCGCAAGAAAGACUCGCACGUGUCGUUCCUCCACGUGGCCCACCAUGUCCUGGUGGUCUCCAGCGGCUGGUACGGCCUCGCCUACGGAGCGGAUGGCCAUGCGGCUUUCACUGUUAUCUUCAACAGCUUCGUACACGUGGUCAUGUACACGUACUACCUGCUAUCUCUCCUGGGGCCGUCAGUGCGACCGUACUUGUGGUGGAAGCGAUAUCUGACGCAGCUUCAAAUGUUUCAGUUUGUCGUUUUGAUGUUGCACGCGACGAUUCCGCUGUUCGUGGACUGUGGCUACCCGAUGGCUCACAUCUACAUCGGUCUACCUCAGGGUCUCUUUUUCCUCGUCAUGUUUGUUCGAUUCUACGCUAGCGCCUACAGAGAAAAGAAGACUCUCACUACACGCAAUGGCGUUAUAAGGAAGACAAAUUGA